UCUUUUUUACAGUUUUGCAUUUUCAAGUUACUUUUGUAAUUCAUAUCCAGGAAGCAAAAUAUUUGUAUGCUUAUAACUGGUAUAAAAACCAAUCCGUAUGUGUGUCAUAGGUUGGAACAUGGUUAGGAUUUCGCUUAUUUUUCGCGUUUUGGGUAUUGUUUCAAUUCUAACUAUCAUUUAUAUGUCUGGGACUUUGCUUAAAUUGGAAUCCCCAUUGCAUGAUAAACAACCUAAUAGAAGAGGUAUUACCACAAAAGUGAAGAAUCGAAUCAACGAUGACAUAGACCAUUUCGUCCUGUCUAAAACAACAAGUUUACGAAUAACAACGGCCCAAACAACAACAAAGACACUUUCCUUGGCAGAAACUACAACAAUGAGAACUAACAAGAUUCUUUCAGUAAACCAGCAGUUUAACAAAGAACACACACAUAUCUCUUCGAAGAAUGAAAGUACUUCACUUGAAGAAAGUCGGCCAACCGAAACAGAAACCGCUGGAACUAAGCUUUCGAACAAACGCCUUCAGGAAUGUUCCGUGUCGAAAAUUGAUCAUAAAAAAAGCUCAAGCAAAGAUCAAAUUAGACCGCAACAAAUUUCUUCUCCCAAUUCUUACGUUUGGCCCGAAUAACCAGUUGCUUGGCCUCAGAGAAUCAAUGCUGGUUGCAAUUAAAUUAAACAGAUCUUUGGUCAUCCCACAAUUUUACCCACAAUUCAACGACCCGGGACGUCAUGGACUCCAAGUAGUUUCGCCAAAAAAUCGAAUAAACGUCGAACAUCUGGCUGAGUUCAUGACAACCGUAACUUUGGAAGAAUUUCAGCAAGAAUGUAACCACACUAUAGACGCCAUUUUUCAAACAAGACCUAUAAAUUGCAACGAGUUGCACAAAGUAGAACGUGACAACGACAUAAUGAUAUUUAGUGAUCAAAACAGAGAAGAAUACAUCAAAAGCGGAAGUACCCUCCAAUGCCCACCAAGUAAUAUCCCAAGUUACCCGAAAAAUGUCAGAUCCAAAAUCGUAUUGGAUAUUAGGAAACUAAAUGAUAUUUAUAAUUCCACUGCAAGAUGCCCAAUACUUCUUCACCCUUACAUCGCAUUAAGUGUCGACUUCCACGAAGGUGUGAUUUCAAACGAACUUUUCAAUUCCUCUCACGUCGAUAAGCUUUUAUCUUUCGGUGCUCUGAAAACAGAGUCGGAUGACGUCAUUUUUGCAGCCAUCGAACGCGCAACGACACGGCCUCAAUACGUUGCCAAUAUAGCGAAGAAUUUCGUUGACACUUCGACAAACAAUCUCCCAUUCAUUGCUAUACAUUGGAGGUAUGACGAAGAGAUAAUAGCAGCCAUGUGCAGAUUAAACCCAAAAGACAAAAUAUGCAACAAAGUUUUCGUUCCCGAACAAGUGGCGCGUGCGAUUGCGCAAGUGCAACAAAAAAUGAUUCCAAAAGGAAAUACAAAACUCCGUGUUCCCAUUUACAUUGCAGCACCGCCGACUUUGGGUACUUUCAUUCGCGAAGUAAAGGGAAAUUUAACCGAACUUUACACGCACUUAUACAGUACUUCGAACAACACAAAAGAAAACUUUGUAUGGACACUCGAUGACUUGGAGAAAUUCAUAGACGAACGGUACCCGGCAGAACUAUGUCCAGAUAUUCGACCAACGCCGAAUGAACUAAUUUCUCUUGUCGAAAUGGAAGUUUGCGCUAUGAGCGACGCGUUUUUAUGGUCUCAUUUUUCAAGCUGGUCAAGGGUUAUAGCACAUUUUAGGCCCACAAAAGUAUAUCCUCACGAUACUUGUGUUUUUGACUUGGUUGCCGCAGCCGCCGCAGCUUAAAAUAACACGGGAGUGCGAAACUGUAUUGGAGAUUUGUCCAGGUGGAACUAAAAUUACGGGGGUUGCAGAAAGCCGUGCGUGAUGCAGUUUGUAAGAUGUGGAACCCUUAUUACACUAUCUUUCAAUAGCAAAUCAUUUAUCUAGAGAAAUCAAAAGAGUAUAAUGGGUUAGGGAAAAACGGGACACCUUUAGCACAUAAUAUCUAAAUACCCUGGCCAUGCUUUAAACAAUUAACAACGGUCUAUUGAAGUCAUUACAAUACGGUUUUAUGAUUUUUUGAAUGUUCUUGUUUUACCACCGAGUUGGACGGGAUAAUAGAAUGAAACGGUGUCUCACCUUCCCCCACCAUACUAUAUUAAUAAAAAGAUUUUGCCUUAUUAUAAUAUACCCUUUUGUAAUAUUCAAAAACUAAGUCAUAUUAAAAAUAUAAAACUUCAGUUUUCCUAACUGUGUUACUAAAAUUGUUGAAAAUUAAAU